AUGUAUCAGCCGAUCGUGCGGGAGGAACUUGACGUGUACCUGCCCAACUUUGACCCGGUGCGAGAUCCUCAAGUGGGGGAGUGGGUGCUCGUCAGCCCACACCGCCGUGCCGCCCUUGUGAACCCGUUAGUGCAGAUGGCGGCACAACGAAGUCUGCAGCCCAUCUAUCCGUUUCUCGUGGGCAACGUUCCCGCAGACGCACCGUCUUCAGCGUCAGUUUUGGCAGCAGCGGAGCCCACAUCACGUCCCCACGUGGAUCCCCGUCAUAUUUUUCCAACAUUGGACGAAGUGUGCCGGAAGUACCGCCGCCAUCGCAUGCAAACUGGCAAAGUUGUCACAAACGAGAAGAUUGAGACAAAUAACAAAAAUGACGGCGAUGAAGAAGAGGAUGAGACGACACUUUACUUAAAUCCACGAGCUUUACUGUUAACGCCAUGUGCCCCGGCAGUAUUUGGCGGCUCUGAUUUUAUUGAGGGGCUGGACAAGACCACUGGCCGCGUGGUGUUCUUAAACUGGAAAACAGGGGAGGUGCGCACAGAUAGUUUGGCCCUACAACCAAGGCCAACACCGGAGUGGGCCGAGGAAGUGGUGGAAAAGGCAAUGGUGGAGUGGGAGGAUUGGAAGCGGCGGGAAAAGAAAGCGGUGCAAUCGCAGGAACUAGGAUGUGAGGCACCACCGUUUCAAAAGGCUCGAACCGAAUGA